ACAAUCAAACCGUAUUUGAUUGCAUUUUUAUAUAUUUUGGGAGGAGGAGAAGAAGAAGAAGAAGACGAAGAAGAAGAAGAAGAAGAAAAGAAAGAGGGGGGGGAGGAAAGAGAGAAAAAAAAAGUAGAAAAAAAGGAAGCGAAACACAUUGGACUGGAGUCGAUUCAGUGACAAUAACUAAUACCAAUUGGAGAGAUUGACAAUUUGUGGCUUUGUUGCAAAAAGCCCCUAAUCAGACUGUUGUGAUGCGUAUUCCCGUAGAUCCGAGCACAAGUCGGCGCUUCACUCCACCGUCCACCACUUUACCAGCAUCGGGGAAGAUGAGCGAUGUGAGCGGGAUGGCCCCUCAUCAGGAGUCGGGGCCCGGAGUGGCAGUGGCCGGAGCGGCGGCGGCGGCGGCAGCGGCGGCGGCACUGGGCAGGUCGCUGAUCCGGCCCCAUGAGAACCGCAGUAUGGUGGACAUCAUCGCCGACCACCCCGCAGAGCUGGUCCGCACCGACAGCCCCAACUUCCUCUGCUCUGUCCUGCCGUCCCACUGGAGGUGUAACAAGACGCUGCCCGUGGCAUUCAAGGUUGUAGCUCUGGGGGAUGUUCCUGACGGCACUGUGGUGACGGUCAUGGCCGGCAAUGAUGAGAACUACUCGGCUGAGCUCCGCAACGCCUCGGCCGUGAUGAAAAACCAAGUGGCUCGCUUCAACGAUCUGCGUUUCGUGGGCAGGAGCGGACGGGGUAAAAGUUUUACAUUGACAAUCACAGUAUUCACAAACCCACCCCAAGUGGCCACAUACCACAGAGCUAUAAAGGUUACAGUGGAUGGACCCAGAGAACCCAGAAGACACAGGCAAAAGCCUGAAGACCAGCCCAAAGUCGGAUUGUUCUCAGAACGUCUGAGUGAACUGGAGCGUCUUCGCCAGACAGCAAUGAGAGUGGGUGCUUCAACACAGAGCCCCCGUCAUUCUCUCAAUCCCACACCUGUUCCUUUCAGUUCUCAAGGCCAGGCUCAGAUCACAGACCCCAGGCAGACCCAAUCAUCACCACCGUGGUCAUAUGAUCAGUCCUAUCCAUCCUAUCUGAGUCAGAUGCCUUCACCUUCCAUACAUUCCACAGCCCCUCUCUCCUCCGCCCGUGCCACAGGGCUUCCUGCGAUCACUGCUGACAUGCCAAGACGACUUUCAGGUGCUUCGGACCUCGGUGCCUUCUCAGACCAUAGGCAAUUUGAGCGCCAGUUUGGGCUUUCCUCCCUCACUGAGAGCCGGUUCUCCAAUCCCCGCAUGCACUAUCCAGCCACCUUCACCUACACACCAACUCCAGUUACAAGUGGCAUGUCCCUGGGCAUGUCUGCAACGACUCACUAUCACACCUAUCUGCCACCACCCUAUCCUGGCUCACCCACCAACCAAAGUGGACACUUCCAGACCAGUACUGCACCCUAUCUCUACUAUGGCACUUCUUCUGGGUCCUAUCAAUUCUCCAUGGUGGCAGGGGGAGAACGAUCCCCUUCCAGAAUGCUGCCUUGCACUAGUGCAUCCACUGGCAGUACACUCCUUAAUCCCAACCUGCCCAAUCAAAAUGAUGGUGUAGACGCCGACGGGAGCCACAGCAGCUCCCCCACUGUGUUGACUUCCACUGGGAGGAUAGAUGAAUCUGUCUGGAGACCAUAUUGACUCUCUGAUUACAUAGGAAAGCAGAUCAACUACUAGCCAAAGGAAGUCACCAUUUAAUUAGUGCCUAUUGUACAGUUUGUAACUGGAAGCAAAUCGUGUCUUAUUAAGACUGAUCAAUGAAUGAGCUGGUGAAGACAGUGAUGAGCUGAUCAGGUUAUGCGUAUCACAUUGCCUAUCUGUAAGCUCAUGAACAGACGUGAUAGCGUAUUCAAAACACAUGAAGAACGUUUAGCGACUCAACAUAACAUCUUGUUUUAAAGACGUGAACCUCAUGCACAGAAUCCAAAUCUUGGCAAGUAUGUAACUGCAGUAAUUUAUGAACACGUUCUUACAAACACCAUUGAUAGUAGCAAGGAAGGUGACCGGCAACCAGAAGGAUAAAAGGAUUCUAAGUUUAAGGUAUUAAGUCCUUCAAAAAUAAUCACUUGCUUUGUACGUUUUUGUUAAUAUUGUUGCUGAGAACAAUGUCUCCAGAAAGAUUAGUGGUACCAAUAUUGUAAAUAUAUGCACUUGAUUGUAACUAUGCAUAGAGGAGUGUUUUUUCUUGAUAGUGAAAGGAAUCUUUUUAUACAUUUCUCUGAAGAUCCCCAUUUAGUGUACAUACAAAGGAAUUUUUUUUUAUAUUGCUCUUCUUCCAAGAAUUUCUGUUGAUUGAAUGUUUACUGCAGAUUUAAAGAGGAACGCCAGUCUUUGCAAAAUGCUUUUGUGUCUUUCAAACAAAUAAUUGGCACAACCUUUAUUUGUUUCAAACGAGGUGAAUGUUAUUUGGCUUGGAUAAAUCUCACUCGAUGCCUGUGUUUCUUUUAAAAUUGUGUUUACUCUUUAAUUGAACGGCUCAUUAAUGAUGACAUAGCAA